AUGGAUAGAAAGAGGUUCAGAGAAAAUGAUAGACUUAUCGGAACAACCGUGGAGGAGGAUGCAAAAUCUGGUCGCCGACAACUGUUGGCGUGCUUCUUAGCCUCGUUGAUGUCGCUGUCGGCGGGCACAGUCAUCGCUGGAUGGUCCCCGACCGAAGGAAGUUUCAAAGACGAAGAUUUGAAGAUGUGGUCCACCGAACAGGAAUCGUGGAUCAUAUCGAUUUACGUGGUCGGCGCACUGAUUGGAGCUUUACCUGCCGGCUUUUUGGGUCAAAAGUACGGGCGCAAGACACUGCUGCUCUGGCUGGCCGCCCCCAUGAUUGCCGGAUGGGUAUUAUGUCUGUUGCGGUUGGAGAGUUUGUUCCUGGAGUGCUUGGGACGGUUCGUCUGUGGGAUAUCGGUGGGAGCGACCACCGUGGCCGUGCCGCUUUACGCCCGGGAGGUGUCGUCGGACGUGUUGCGUGGCCGCACAGGGGUGUUUCUGGACUUUAUGCUGUGCGCCGGCAUACUAUAUGCUUACGUGGCCAGGGCGGUGUUGGACGGAGUGCGACAGUUCUGUCUGGCCUGUGCUGUCGUGCCGGUAAUGUUUGUCGUGCUGUUCGCGUACGUGCCCGAGUCGCCUGUCCACCUGUACAACGUCGGCCAGUAUGAACAAGCGGCAUCGGCGCUGAGAUGGUUAAGGGGUAGGUGGUUCAAUGUUAAAAAAGAGUUCGAUCAAAUAGAGUCAUCAAAAUGUCUCGACGAUGAGUUAUUUGACCGUGGUAGUAAGAUGAGUGCCGUAAACAAGAAAUUCUUGGCGAAGGUGACGAUUAUUUCUUUCGGCCUGGUGCUCGUUCAGCGGAUGUCCGGCGCCGGUGGUGUGAUCCAAUACUCUUCCACAUUAUUCAAAAUGUCUGGAUCCACCAUCGAUCCAAACACGGCGUGCAUCAUAGUCGGCUCAUUCCAACUGGUCGCUUCCGGGGUGUCGUUCCUGUUGGUCGACAAGGUCGGACGGAGGACUCUGCUGUUGACCUCGUCCGCGGUGAUUACAGCAUGUCUCGUCCUCUUGGUUGUUUACUUCAGCCUUAUAGAAAAAGAAACGCUAGUGCAAUCGCCAUGGAGGAUAUCCCUGCUGUUCGUCCUGUGCGUGUUCAUAUCCGCCUUCCGGUUGGGCCUUGGACCAAUUCCAUGGUUCAUAAGCACCGAGCUGUCACCGGCCUUGUACGGCGGCCGCAUACAGUCCAUGGCCGCGUCCUUUUCCUGGUCCCUGUCGUUCGUCAUCAUGAAAACGUUUAAGAUCUUCGUCGAGGCGAACCCCGUUCUGUUGUGGUGUACGUUCGCUGUGUUCUCUGCCGCCGGGUUCCUGUUCGUGUUGUUCUACGUGCCCGAGACCAACAACAAGAGCCGCGAACAGAUCCACAUCGAACUGAUCGGUUAA